AAAGUGGGAGGGUAUUUGAGCUCAUAUCGAUGAGGGGAUUUGGCAGUUGAGAACCCCUGGAUUCCAUCACAUGCUCUCGCGUGUACCUCGCUGUGAUCGUCGGCAGUAAAUAACUUUCGUUGUUCUACCGUUUUAGGUGAAGCGAACCACCAAUUGAAUUCGUUAUUACCGAUUAUCCUGUUUAAUAUUCUUCAUCGUUUCAUAGAACAUCUGGAACAAUCAAACAAUCAAUUAAUCUAGAAAAGAGAAUAGGUAAGAAGCGACCAGGGGUAAUUUGCUCCCGCUUUUACCGAGCGACCCCUGAAUGUCAUCAAUCACCUGCUCUCGCGUGUACCUGGCAAUCAAUCUUCUUAUUACUCAGUAAACGAUUUAUGGAAUCGUUUGAAAUAUCCAUAACAUCGGACUGAACGAUUUGCGAAAGCAACACAUUACCUACCUAUAUCUUCAAUACUAAAUUAUACGAUUAUUGCUAGCGCGUUCUCAAGAAUAUAUUAUAUAGGCAGGGUAAUUGCUUGGCGGACGUUGUCAAAGCUCCACUUGUCCAGUAUCAAGUGAACAGAAGCUGUCAUGCAGCACAACAACGAACACAACACCACAUGCCCGUACUCCAUCGAUGAAACAAGCUCAACGCCGUACCUUGGACUGCUCUGCACAUUGAACCAUUCGUACUUCGGACAAUCCCUCCAAACCUCCAAGGGCAAGCUCGCAUUUAUGCCCGCAUUGAAAUCAGCGCAGCACCCGAAACACCUCCAAAGCACCGCAUUUUCCCAUCCAGCUCUAGCUCACCUACCACCAUGGUUCUCGAGCUCCAUGUCUGGGGCCCCGCCUUCUCUCUAGCGUCAAUUGACCCCCAUUGCUUAGCUGCAAUCGCAUAUCUCCAGCAGGCGGUUCCCAGGGGGAAAUGGGCAUUGAUAGCCACCAGCGAUCCAGCGUUAAGUCCCACAAGUACGACAUGAGGAUUUUGUCUUGGAUGAUCUAUCUAAUCGUGUGCUUCAGAUGAACUCCCUGCUUUACGGAACGGCGACAUAUGGAUUGGGGGCUUCAGAAACAUAUUCUACUACCUAGCACAAUACUCCUCGGGCGAGUGGGUUCUUGACGCAGGCCUACCAGAGCUGGAAGGCGCGGAUUGUAUAGCGUGAGUAGAAAAUUGGGCAUAGUGGAUGGCACAUUGAGUGGCUGCUAAUGUGAUGUGAUGACAGCUUCUCAUCUUUUGUUGAAUCGCACGGGCAACCCCUCAUCGAUCUCUCCCUCUACGUUUCCUCCGUCAACUACACCACAACCACUCGUCCAAUAUACAAUACCAUACAAUCAUUUCCACUCCCAUAUCUCACGCCUCCAGCUGUCCGAGCAGCCGCGAAAGAAAGAACCGCACAUUUGGGACUCUCCUCCCUCGACCUAGACACCCAAGAUGGAGAGCCCCAAGGAGAUGCAUCAUUCAUACCGGCAAGUCUACGCAAACGAGCAACGACGGUUACCAGCCUGAUCGCACAAAAUCCAGAAAUUACGGCCAGAAUAAAACUCGACGUUUUAGCAAAAGACUUUUUUGGGCCUCUGCAGAAACUGAAAGGAAAGAAAAGAUAUUUGCUGUCAAAUACGACUUUUUCGAGUCUCGACUGCUUAGCAUUAGGCUAUUUAUCCCUGAUGCUUGUUCCCGAAUUACCACAACUUUGGUUAGCACAGACGAUGCGGAAGAAAUAUCCGGAAUUAUGCGCCUGGACGGAGGAGCUAGGACAACAGAUCUUUGGAGGCCCUGCCGAUAUUGACGAUGCGUUCUUGACUACAAGAACGGAAGGCACAACAUCAAAAGGUGGUAAGAGCUCAUUGCCUUGGGAAGUUCCACAUACUGGAGGCAUGAUAGGGGUUGGAGGGGUGUUCUUGGGCAACAUUGCAGAUUCGAUACCUGUCGUUGGCCAGCUGAGGAGGAACACGCGGAUGCGACAACACGGUGGAAAAGCACCCGGUGACGAGCUGCAAAGUUCAAACUGGCAAAGUAUAACUACCAUUGGAAGCUUGGUUGCUGGUGUAGGAAUGUUCUUGGGUUAUAUGUUUCACCAGGGAUUCAUUUCUCUACCAGAAAACCCCGAACCUGAACGCAAUGGUACGGGGUUAGAUGGCUAUGGUGACGCUGGCGCUGCCCUUUCCAUCUAUGCAAAUCAUAUGGAUGCUGGAUCACAGCAGCAUAGAGGGGUAGAAGCCCAUGGUGCGCCUGUUGCAGAGGUCGACAUUGAUGUUGGCUCGAAUGGCGUGAAGGUCACGGAGAUUGUAAGCUGA